AUGCUCGUAAUAUCAUUCUCGAUCAUCGCCGUGGGGCUGUUCACAUACAUUAUCAUUAGGGGUUUCUACCUCUUUUGGUUGCAUCCCUUGGCUAAGUAUCCCGGCCCAAAACUGGCUGCUAUAUCCAAUGUUUGGUACUCGUUUCACUGGCUGUCCGGUAGAUACCCGUGGACGCUCGAACGCCAAUUCUAUAUUUACGGCGAUGUCGUUAGGAUCGCUCCAAACGAGCUUGCGUUUCGCAGCCCGCAGGCGUACCGAGACAUUUAUGGGAGCACCCACAAAGGACGAGAGACGUUCGUCAAGACCGACAUACAGGACUAUUCCGAAUUCACGGGCUUCCCAAACCUGGGCAUCGCCGCAGUGCGCGACCCGGAAAAGCAUGCGGAGGUUGCUCGCGAUUUGAAAGCGGCAUUUAGCUCUCAUACACUCCAGAGUUGUCAGGGCGUUAUCCAUCAGGUCAUUGACGAGUUUGUUCUACAACUAGAACAGCGCGUCGAAGUCGAUAUCACCAAGUGGGCCGAAUACCUCGUACAAGACAUUUCUGGAGAGAUUAUAUACGGCCGAGAAGCGACACUCGUCAAGGCAGGUGAGCUCAGCUAUUUGAAGGUAGUGUGA